AUGGAAAUAGAGGAUCUUGAAGAGGUGAGUAUACGAGAUGAAAAGUGUAGUAUGUUAACAACAGAAAAUAAUAUAGAUGAAAAAAGUUAUGACGAUAACAUUUUAAAUAGUCUAUUAACUGUUUUUGUAGAAAAUCUUGAUAAUAAUACCUAA